UUUCUUCUGUGCGGUUGGCAUGACGAUGUAGCUGCCCCGUUCUCUGACUCACGGCUGACCAGACAACACCAUGGGAGAAGCUCCAAAGGGCUUGCUCUCAGUCAUCCAGAAACUGAAGGGGAGCACGGAGCUGGAGCUGAGGAUAGUUCUCCUGGGUUUGGACAAUGCUGGCAAAACCACCUUACUGAAGAGCCUAGCGUCUGAGGACGUCAGUACCAUCACACCUACACAGGGUUUCAACAUCAAGAGUGUGGCUGCCCAUGGGAUGAAACUCAAUGUGUGGGACAUCGGAGGACAAAGGAAAAUACGGGCCUUCUGGAAAAAAUACCUAGAGAACACAGACUUACUGAUUUACGUCAUAGAUAGUGCUGACAAAAAACGAUUUGAAGAAACAGGACUGGAACUAGCAGAGCUGAUUGAUGAGGAGAAUCUGAAAGGAGUUCCAGUUCUCGUCUUUGCCAACAAGCAGGACUUGGCCACUGCAUCCCCUGCCAGUGAGAUUGCUGAGGGGUUGAACCUUCACACUUACCGAGACCGGGUCUGGCAGAUCCAGGCCUGCUCAGCUGUGUCUGGAGAAGGAGUGCAGGAUGGCAUGAAUUGGAUCUGUAAUAACCUUGUCAACCGCAAAAAAUAAGCCUGCUGAGUUGUGGUCCUGGAGAAAGUUCUGGAGAAGAAAAGACUAAAUCCUUUAAUGCCCAGUCCUUAACGUGUGGUUACCCUCUCUUGAUUUGCAUAUAACAUACCCUAUUUACCUCCUGCACUGUGUAUUUGGUUAUGCAGGUCUCCAUUUUGUUUUUUUGUAUUCAUCACAUUUAAACACCCUAUGAGAAUGUGGCCCAGAGUAUUAACUGAGAUCUUUAUAACUGCUUUGACUUUUAUAACAGGAGUGGAAAUGUAAAUGUAUUUGAUAACGACAUGUACAAUCCUGCGUCACCCUUCACUGAGAAUGUUUCCUGCCAGCGUCUAAACCCAGGCAGAGGACGACAAUGAGGAGAAAGGAUCACCGUUAGACCUUUAAUAUGUCUGUGUCAUUACUGUCUUCACAUAGUUGUAGACGAGAUACUGUAGUCAUGUUCAGCAAGUGACUGGUCCUCUGUGGUGUAUUAAACUUUUCACAUUAUAAUAAACUAGCCGUCAUUG